CCUUUCCUUUUGAGGGAAUGAAUUGGAGCGAGUUAUCGCACCUUUUCCUUCAAAACACACAUUUUCCAUCAAUAUGAGUAGCAACGCAUUUUGCAAAUUGCUUGGUGUGCUGUUGGGCUUGGCUUCCUCGUACUGGAAGAGCCUGAACCAGCCUCUCCCAGUUAUUUGCCUUAGAAUUAACGAGAUGUUAUGCAGUUGAUUGGACUUUGGUCCUUGACUCCUUGUGUAAACAGACCGAGGCUUUUGUUGUCCAUGCUGAUCCUAAACGACAUUACAAACAAAAUAAGCACAUAAAGUAUUGAGGCCCACCAUGGAACCAGCUAGGCAACUUACUUCUCCCCAGAUUCCCUUCCUCCUCUUUUUCUUACAAGGAGCACAGGAGUUUCCUACCUGCUUCCUGAGCCUCAAAAGUUCCCUUCCCUCUCGCUGAUGAUAGCUUUCAUCUACUUCCAUUGACCAGAUCAACGGCUCAACUAAUCAUUUAUAUAAGCUCCGAAGAGUCCAGAUUUUGUUUUAUAGAAGCACUCGAGAAAAAUGGAAAACAAAACACUUGCAGAAGGAAAGGUUAGUCCUCCUCCCAAAAAUACCUGGAGCCACUGGUUCAAGUACUUCCAAUAUGACGAGGAGAACGAGAAGCCCAGUGAUGCCCGAAAUUUUUUGCUCGUGAUAGCGGCGCUAAUUGCUGCAGUGACCUUCCAAGCUGGCGUGAACCCGCCAGGAGGCGUCUGGCAGGACAAUGAUGGUGGCCAUCACGCAGGAAGGGCAAUUUAUGCCUCUCAGCCGCACGCUUAUUAUGUUUUCCUGAUAUCCAACACAUUGGCGCUGUCCACCUCCAUCCUUAUAAUUGUUUCUCUCACGUACAGGUUUCCAUUACAUUUUGAGAUAUGGGUUGCCACCAUUUCAAUGAUUGUUACUUACGGAUCUGCUGUUUUCGCUGUUACUCCUCGUGAGAAUGUUAAGUAUCGCUACCUGUUAUUUACUGCUGCCCUGCCGCUUUUGAUGAGGAUUUCGAUUCAGAUCUUCUUGACAUUCAGGAAUAUUUUUAAGGCAAAAGAACCUGAUGCAAAGAAGCAACCUGAUGCAGAGAAGCAACCUGAUGCAGAGGAGCAAGAAUAUGCAUGACUAGUUCCUCCUGUACAUGGCUACCAGUUUCGCUCUAUUUAAUUUAUUUUUAUUAUAGUUGUGUUCUGAAUGUAUAAGAGGCAAAAAUGUAGCUGAAGAGGAAAGGGAAGGGGGAGGGUUGGAAUUAGUAUCGAUGGCUGUGGGUAAUUUAAUUAUUUGGUCCCAAUCUAUGCUCUGUUUCAGGAUUUUGUUAAUGCUUCCUUUUCCGGAUUGAGCUA